AUGGACGCCCCAACCCCCGCCGAGGGCGCCGAAAGCUACUACUUCACCCACAACCCACCGCCCAAGUCCCUCCAAUCCAACGUCACCCUCGCGCGCGAAUUCAUCCACCGCCACGCCGACGAAGGCCGCCGCGUCGUGCUCGUCACCUCGGGCGGGACCACGGUGCCCCUCGAGUCGCAAACCGUGCGCUACAUCGACAACUUCUCCGCCGGCACGCGCGGCGCCACCUCCGCCGAAUACUUCCUCGAAGAGGGCUACGCCGUCAUCUUCCUGCACCGCCAGUUUUCGCUGCUGCCCUACUCGCGCCACUACUCGCACAACACGCGCAGCUUCCUCGACUUCAUGAAGGAGGACAACGGCCGCGUCGUCGUCGACGAGCAGCACCAGGCGGAGAUGCUGCGCGUGCUACGCCAGUACACGGCCGCGAAGCGGGACAACAAGCUGCUGAUCCUAAGCUUCGUUACCAUCACCGAGUACCUAUGGGAGCUGCGCGAGGUGGCGAAGCUCAUGCGGCCGCUGGGGCCGAACGCGCUGUUCUACCUCGCGGCCGCCGUGUCCGACUUCUUCGUCCCGCACGACCGCAUGGUCGAGCACAAGAUCCAGUCGUCGGAGGAGUUCAAUGCGGACAGCAGCGCCAACGGGCUCCCCAGCGGGAAAGUGCCGGCGGCGCGCACUGAGGGCCGCAGUCUGAUCAUCGAUCUGGAGCCCGUGCCCAAGUUCCUCAAGCAGCUGGUCGAUGGCUGGGCGCCCGAGGGCAUGAUUGUGAGCUUCAAGCUGGAGACGGACCCGUCGAUGCUCGUCAAGAAGGCGCAGUACUCGCUCGAGAGAUACGCCCAUCACUUGGUCAUUGGCAACCUGCUCAUGACCCGGAAGUGGGAAGUCGUCUUUGUGUCAGAGAUGGAUGGCGAGAAAUGGAUACGGGUUCCUCGCAACCGGCGCACGAGGAGUAUAUCCGGCAUUGAAGCCUUGAUCGGUAAAGCAGCAGCGGCCGCGGCAGCAAAGGGGCAGUCUGUGGAGUCGCCCACGCUGACAGCAGAGGUGCUAGAAGGCGACCCGGCACAGGAAAUCGAGUCUCUUAUCAUCCCAGCAGUCGCAGAAAUGCACACCAAGAUGAUAGCCCAAGCGACGAACAAAUAG